AUCAAGAUGGCCUCGUCUACUCCCCCUGAUUCAUACUCUUCUCUCUCCUUUAAAGACAUCUCUGUCUCUCAUGUGCCUUCAGACUCGCCCACAGCAACCAAGGUCCUUAUUGUGGCAUUGAACCGGCCCACCAAGUACAAUGCUGUGACCGAAAACCUCCUCAAUGAGCUCGAAACCGUUUACAACUUGAUCAACAGCGACGAAAGAGUUCGCGCAGUUGUUCUUACCGGCACUGGUAAAGCAUUCUGUGCGGGGGCUGACCUGGAGGUCGGCUUCUCCGGAUUGCUCGCUCACAAGAAGAGCCCAGAAGCUUUCAACAAAUUCCGAGAUCAGGGCGGCCGAGUUGCUCUUCUCAUUGCAAGAUGCAUCAAACCAACCAUUGUUGCGAUCAAUGGCCCCGCAGCUGGAGUUGGUCUCACCAUUACCCUCCCUGCGACCAUCCGUGUUGCCUGGUCAGACGCCAAAGUUGGUCUGCCGUUCUCACGCCGAGGCUUAACCCUCGAGUCAUGCAGCGCUUUCUUCCUCCCUCGACUUGUCGGCCUGUCCAAUGCAAUGCAUUUGACUACUACGGGCUCGACGUAUCUUGCCUCUGACCCGCUGGUGAGCGGCUUGUUCUCCAAGUUGCUUCCCACGCCGCAGGAGACUGCCUCCUACGCGAUCAAACUCGCAACCGAUAUUUCAGAGAAUACGUCACUGGCCAGCACCAAGUUGAUGCGCGACAUGAUGCUUUACUGCCCGCCCACGCCGGAGGAGACACAUGUCUUGGAUUCCAAGAUUUUCCUUCAUUCAGUGGGCACUAAGGACAAUGUGGAGGGUAUUAAGAGUUUCAUGCAGAAGAGGAAGCCCGAGUUUGGCGGAACAAUUAACCCCAGCGAGUUCCCCUCCUGGCCGUGGUGGGAUGUUGCGGAGAAGAAGGAGAAGAACGCGAAGCUCUGA